AUGAAAAUUGAAAAAACCCACCAACUUCGACAAACUAUUCCUCCUAUGAAGAGACCAACCACCAUGUCUAUACCAAGUAUACUGUUCCUACUAGUCCUAUUCCUACCGAGUAUAGUUGAAUCAGCUAUCAGUCUAGAUUUUGAGAUUGCAACACUGCGGACAGAGCCGAGAUUUAACAAACGAGAUACAAUAAAUACAGUUAUAACUUUACAAAGAAAUGUUUACUUAACAAACUUGGCUAUUGGGUCAUCCAAAGACGAAGUUGUUGUAUCAAUAGAUACGGGAUCUUCUGAAUUAUGGGUAAUGUCUAAAGACGUAAAUUGUCAAACUGUUGAUCAGUUACAUGCGGAAAGUGCACCCAAUAUACCAAAUAUUUUCAAUGAUUUAAAUGAGGAGUAUUCAUGUAAAGCUAAUGGGACUUUCAAUACUGAACAAUCAACAACGUACCAAUUCAUAAAUGAUGAUUUCAGCAUUGCUUUUGCUGACGGGUCGGCAGCUAUUGGCCAAUAUGGACGUGAUGAUGUUGGUGUAGGAAAUGUUACGAUAGAGGGAUUGAAGUUUGGUGUUGCCAAAGCGUCCAGUAUUGAUGUCGGGAUAUUGGGGAUCAAACACAAUGACGAAUAUGACAAUUUUAUUUCGUUGUUGAAAAAACAAGGGUAUAUAGAUGCUGAUCAGUAUUCAAUAUAUUUGAAUGAUCAAAAGGGCACCAUUUUAUUUGGAGGGAUUGAUGACACCAAAUACGAUGGAGAUUUAGCAACCACUCACAUGAAGAAUAGUGGAAUUCAGAUCAAAGAUGUAUCCCUCAGUCUGUCCGACAACCACACAUCCAUUCAAUCUAAACAACAGCAUGUCAUUUUAGACACAGGCUCUACAUUCUCAGUACUACCACUGAAAUGGAUCAAAGCUCUUGGAGAAUCAAUAAAUGGAACUUACAAUGACGACGAGCUGGCCUACCAAAUACCAUGUGAUUUAACCAACGAGGUGGAUUUCAAUUUUAAAGUCGGCAACACUACUUUUAAUAUCCCCGUAUCCGACUUGGUUGUCAACAAUGAAAGAACAGAUGGGAAAUGUUACCUUGGAGUAAUGGAUGAAUCACUAAUAGGAGGUACGAUAUUUGGAUCAGAUAUAUUGAAACAUUUCUAUGUUGUCUUCAACUUGGAUGAGGAUAAGUUGUCGAUUGCUCCGGUUUCAAAAACGAGCUCUACGGAUAGUCAAUCGAGUUCGGAUGAAAGUAGGUUUUCGAAUAGGUCGGAGGCAAGUACAAAUAACGUACAAACGAUGUUAUAUGCAUACUGUAUGAGUUUGAUACCCUUAUCUAUAUAUGUUUUUGUUUUGUAUUAA